AUGCACCCGGCGCUCGGGCACCCUCGCCCGCUGUCGUCCUCGCCCGGCCCCUUCCCGCCGCCGCCGCCGCCUCCCGCUGCCCGACUGCAGCCGCUCUUCUUCCGCGGGGGUUCGCCCCGCGGCCCGGGUGGCUCGGGCGACAGCAGCAGCAGCCCCAGCCCCGGCCGCGGGGGCGGCCGGCGCUGCGGGGGCGACUCCGUGAGCAGCAGCGGCGGCAGCAGCGGCGGCACCGGCGCGGGGCGGGAAGACGACGACGAGAGCGUCAGUCUCAGCAAGCCGCUGGUGCCGGCCGCAGCGCCCGCGGGACCCCCGGCGACGGGGGACGCCGCGCCCGCCGCCUUCUCCUCGUCCGCCGCCACCUACUCCUCCGCGUCCACACCUGCCUCUUCCUGCAGCAUGACUGCCGCCGACUUCGGCGGGGGCGCCGCGGCCGGGCCCGUCGGGGGUCCCGGGGGCCGCUCCAUGGGGGGCGCGGGCGGCGCGGGAACCGGCGGAGGCGCCUCCUGCUGCCCGUGUUGCUGCUGCUGCGGCCGUCCGGCCCGGCCCGGCCGCAGAGGAGGGCGCCGCGGGUGCGCCGCGGGGCCGGGGUGCCGCUGGGGCUACCAGGCGCUGUCCGUGGUGCUGCUGCUGGCGCAGGGCGGACUGCUGGACCUGUACCUCAUCGCCGUCACCGACCUGUACUGGUGCUCCUGGAUCGCCACUGACCUGGUGGUGGUGGUGGGCUGGGCCAUCUUCUUCGCCAAGAACAGCCGCGGCCGUCGGGGCAGCGCGGCAACCGGCACACACAGCCAUCCGCCGCACCAGCACCACCACGCCGCGCCGCCUCUGCACCUGCCAGCCUCCUCGGGCGCCUCGGCCGCGGCGGCGACUGGAGCCAAGGCGCGCGGCGGCCGCGGCGUGGCCAGCGGCCCCGGGUGCGGACCGGGGCCGGUGGGAGUGGCGGGCGAGUUCGCCUUCGCCUACCUGGCCUGGCUCAUCUACUCCAUCGCCUUCACGCCCAAGGUGGUGCUCAUCCUGGGCACGUCCAUCCUGGACCUCAUCGAACUGCGCGCGCCCUUCGGCACCACGGGCUUCCGCCUCACCAUGGCUCUGUCGGUGCCCCUGCUCUACAGCCUGGUGCGGGCCAUCAGCGAGGCGGGCGCCCCCGCGGGCUCGGCGGGGCCCUUGCUCCUGCAGCCCCAGCAGCACCGCGCUGCAGGCUGCUUCCUGGGCACUUGUCUGGAUUUGCUCGACAGCUUUACCCUGGUGGAGCUGACGCUGGAAGGCCGCGUGCCGCUGCCCGCGCACCUGCGCUAUCUGCUGCUCGCCGUCUACUUCCUCACCCUCGCCUCGCCGGUGCUCUGGCUCUACGAGCUCAAUGCCGGGGCCGCUGCCCCAUCGUCGCGGGGCCAGGCCUCGGGACCGGGCAGCUGCAGCCGCCUUUUGCGCCUGCUGGGCGGCUGCCUGGUGGACGUGCCCCUGCUGGCCCUGCGCUGCCUCCUGGUGGUGAGCCAUCAGCAGCCACUCUCCGUCUUCAUGCUGAAGAACCUCUUCUUCCUCGGCUGCCGCGGCCUGGAGGCCCUGGAGGGCUGCUGGGACCACGGGAGCCGGGCCUCCCCAAGUCGGGGCAGAGGGGGCUAUGGUGCCCCUCAGUCAGCCCCGCCGCCGCCUCAGGGGGGCUCCCAGUUGGGCCACUGCAUCCCGGAGAACGAUGGGGGGCCCCAUGGCUAUGUCAACACCCUGGCAGUGGCCUCCCAGAACUGAAGGGGUGAAGGGCAGGGGGCUUGCUUUGGGUUGAGCGCCGCCACCCUCCUUGUCCUCAAACCUUCUCUCACCCAGAUUUGAUCAGGCACCAUUUGAAGAGAAAACUGUCUAUAGGGCUGAGGGCUGGUGUGCCCCCUGCACCGCGUGGCUAUAGACUGUGUGGGGCGAGACUAGCAGUUGGUGGUGAGCAAGGUGCACUC